AUGGAUGCUGUUUGUCAGGUCGUGUCUGUUGGGCGCUCGCUCUCGGAUGAGCGACAGGUAGAAGCUGAGCACGAGGAGCUGGACUGGGAUAGUUUCACCACAUCCAUCCCACUCCAUCAGUCCUCAGACUCUGCAUUGAGGAAGCUCUCUGAAGAUCUCACCCAGAAGAACGAGCUGGUUCACAAACUGCAGAAAGAAAAGGAGCACCUGGUGGAGUUGAGCCAGCAGGCCAUCGAGGACUUACAGUGCGAGGAAGAGAAGGUGAACCUCCUGACCAAAGAGAAAGCCAAGCUGAAGCUGCAGGCAGAGGAUCUGGAGUAUCUGUUGGAGCAGGAGAGGAAACAGAGGAUGGAUUUGGAGAAGAGCAGGCGGAGGCUGGAGGGAGACGGUAGGAACACUAUGGACAACCAGACAGAGAUGGGCAAGAUGAGGGCCAGUCUGGAGGAGAUGAUCAGGAGGUGA